CAAAAAACAUGUGGCAACAUACUGAUAACCUUAAGUUCGGUUAAGUUUAUCUCGAAUCGGAUUUACAAAUUUUACUUUUGUAAGUGUAAGGUCAUAUUGUUAGUACGCAACGACUGCCCAAAGGCGAUAUUAUGGUUCUGCAAAACGGCUCAAUUUUGAGGUUAUACCGCGCGCCAGGAUGCACCGAAGCGAAAAAAAAUGAAAUUCUCAACAAGUUGAAGGGCGAAUGUCCGGAAAUCAAGUCGCUGGAAACAGAGGAGUGCUUCCACGUCGAAGUCACUAAAAGUUUGAGCAAUGAAGAAAAAAACAUCCUGAAAUGGGUGCUGCAAAAUCCGCACCAACCGCAAAGUUUGAACUCCGCCAAUUUCCUGAAAAAAACCGCUGCAACUCAACUUCUGAUCGAAGUGGGUCCCAGAUUUAACUUCUCCACGUCAAACUCAACCAAUGCAGUUUCGAUAUGCAACAAUUUGGGCUUAAAACAAGUUACUCGCUUGGAAGUCUCUCGAAGAUAUCUUCUAACCAUUACAGGAAAAAUCACCAGCGAUCUCGAAACAAAACUGGUCGGACUCCUCCACGACAAAAUGACGGAAUGUCGCUACACCCCUGAAAACAUCCCGAAAAAGAGUUUCAACGAAAAACUCACCAAAAAGGAGAAUAUCUACCCUGUGGACAUCCUCGGGAAAGGCCCUGCAGCCCUGAAAGCCCUAGACAAAGAGUUGGGCUUGGCUUUCGAUGAAGCCGACUUGAAAUACUACACAAACUUAUUCAAAAACGUGCUGAAAAGGAACCCCACCAACGUGGAAUGUUUCGAUUUGGCCCAAUCGAACAGCGAACACUCCAGACAUUGGUUUUUCAAGGGAAAAAUGAUUGUCGAUGGUAAAGAAUACAAGGAAUCUCUGAUCGACAUGAUUUUGGACACGCAAAAACACACCAACCAAAAUAAUGUUAUUAAAUUCAGUGAUAACAGUAGUGCAAUCAAGGGCUACUCGCACAAAAGCUUGCGCCCAGUGGUGCCUGGGACGCCCAGCGAACUGAAAGAAGUCAAAACCGACUCCCACCUCAUUUUCACCGCUGAAACGCACAACUUUCCCACCGGCGUGGCCCCCUUCAGUGGCGCCACCACCGGGACCGGCGGCCGUCUCAGGGACGUGCAAUCCGUCGGCAGAGGGGGCUACUGCAUAGCCGGAACGGCCGGUUACUCCGUGGGGAAUUUAAACAUGGAAGACUACGAGCUCCCCUGGGAAGAUAAGGAGUUCAAGUACCCGGACAAUUUCGCUUCGCCCGUCGAUAUUUUGGUCGAAGCCAGCAACGGAGCCUCCGACUACGGAAAUAAGUUCGGCGAACCUUUGAUUUGUGGGUUCGUACGGUCUUUUGGCUUGCAAGAUGCAUCAGGUGAAAGGAAAGAGUGGAUCAAGCCAAUCAUGUUCAGCGGCGGUAUUGGAAGCAUGGAGGCGGACAUGACUGAGAAGAUGAAGCCGGAAGUUGGACACCAAAUUGUGAAAAUCGGAGGUCCGGUUUACAGGAUCGGUGUUGGAGGCGGGUCCGCCAGCUCCGUGGAGGUACAAGGCGACAACAAAGCUGAAUUGGACUUUAAUGCUGUCCAAAGAGGUGACGCCGAAAUGGAACAAAAACUGAACCGCGUGGUGCGCGCAUGCCUGGAAAUGGGCAGGACCAACCCGAUCGUGAGCAUACACGACCAAGGCGCCGGCGGCAACGGCAACGUGCUGAAAGAGCUCGUAGAGCCGAUCGGCGGCAUAAUCUACGCCGACCGUUUCGAGCUGGGAGAUCCGACCAUCAACAUUUUGGAAUUGUGGGGGGCGGAAUAUCAGGAGAACAACGCGCUGCUGUGCACCAAGCAGGAUGCCGAUCUGUUGAAGACGAUUUGCAGGAGAGAGAGGUGCCCUGUGAACUUCGUGGGCGAGGUCACGGGCACCGGUCGGGUGGAAUUGGCGGUCGACGAGAAAAAAUCGCAAAUACCGUUUGAUUUGGAGUUGGAUCACGUUCUCGGGAAAAUGCCGCAGAAAGAGUACAAUUUGCGGAGAUCAACGUCGCAAUUGAAGCCCGUGGAGUUCCCUAAAGGUAUUACAGUGUACAAGUGCCUUCAACAAGUCCUGCGUCUGCCUAGCGUGGCCAGCAAACGUUAUUUAACCAACAAGGUGGAUAGGUGCGUGACGGGCUUAAUCGCGCAGCAGCAGUGCGUAGGGCCGCUACACACUCCGCUGGCCGAUGUUGCCGUCACCGCCAUCUCCCACUGUGGUUACGAAGGCAUCGCCUCCUCGAUCGGAGAGCAGCCUAUCAAGGGUUUGGUCAACACUGCCGCGGGGGCGCGCAUGACGGUCGCGGAGGCUCUCAGUAAUCUAGUGUUCGCUGCUAUCACCGACAUCCGCGAUGUAAAGUGCAGCGGCAACUGGAUGUGGGCGGCGAAACUGCCCGGCGAGGGCGCCGCGCUCUUCGACGCCUGCAAAGCCAUGUGCGAGAUUAUGUCCCAACUCGGCAUCGCCAUCGAUGGAGGGAAGGAUUCCCUCUCGAUGGCCGCCAGAGUUGGCAAGGAAACCGUGAAGUCCCCCGGCACUUUGGUGGUCUCCACUUACGCGCCGUGCCCCGACGUUAGAAAAAUCGUCACGCCCGAUCUCAAGGCGCCUUCGAUGGGCAAGAGCGGGCGACUGCUUUUCGUCGACUUGUCGCAGGGCGACAGCCGGCUGGGCGGCUCGGCUCUCGCGCAGGUCUUCGGGCAGCUGGGCGACGAAUCUCCGGACGUUCACUGCGCCAAGACGCUGAAGAACGCGUUCGAGGCCACGCAGCGACUGGUCAAAGAUGGCGCCGUCAUCGCCGGUCACGACGUAAGCGACGGCGGUUUGAUCGUCACCUUGCUCGAGAUGGCGUUCGCCGGCAUCUCGGGCAUGUACGUCACCAUCAAGCAUCGAUCCGGCAACGCUGUGCCCAUCUUGUUCUCCGAGGAGCUCGGCUGGGUGCUCGAGUGCUUCGACGAGGACUUCAAGCACUGCAUGGCGGUGUUCCAGAAAUUCGAUGUGCCCGUGUACGACAUUGGCAAGAGUUGCGGCUACGGUUUCCAAAAAACCGACAUCGUGAUCAACGUCAACAACGUCACCUUAGAAACUCCCUUGCUGCGCAUGAUGAAAAUGUGGGAGGAGACCAGCUACAAACUGGAGCUGCGUCAAACCAUAAAGGCCUGCGCCGAUUCCGAAUACGAAGGUUUAGGGGACAGGAAGGCGCCCCGAUACAAACUCACCUUCAACCCCGACGAAGAAUCCAAGGUUAAAUCCGACAAGGACGUCCACGUCGCCGUCGUCAGAGAGGAGGGCACCAACGGGGACAGGGAAAUGGCCGCGGCGCUCGUACAAGUGGGAUUCAAGGUGUGGGACAUCACGAUGCAAGAUUUGCUCAGCGGGGCCGUUACUUUGGACAAAUUUAGAGGCGUUAUUUUCCCUGGAGGAUUCAGCUAUGCCGAUGUUCUCGGGUCUGCCAAGGGCUGGGCAGCCAGCAUCCUCUUCAACGAAAAGGUCAGCCAACAAUUCAAAAAGUUCUUCGCGCGCCCGGACACCUUCAGCCUGGGCGUGUGCAACGGUUGCCAACUGAUGGGCCUAAUCGGCUGGGUGGGCAGCCCUGUAACCGGCGACGUUAAACCGGACGUCGUUCUCGAACACAACCUAUCCGAGAGAUUCGAGUGCAGGUGGAGCACCGUGAAGAUAGAAAAAUCCAGGGCCAUCAUGCUGCAAGGCAUGGAAGAGUCCGUGUUGGGCGUGUGGGUGGCCCACGGCGAAGGACGGUUCACCUUCAAAGACGAAGAAGUCUACCGAAAAUUAGUUGACGGCGGCUGCGUCGGGUUGCGUUACGUGGAUGACGACGGCAGCCCCACGGAAGUCUACCCGAUGAACCCCAACGGCAGUGUGGAAGGUCUCGCCGGGGUUUGCUCCCCGGACGGGAGACACUUGGCGAUGAUGCCGCACCCGGAGAGGUGCGUGCAACCGUUCCAGUGGCCCUACAUUCCGAGAGACUGGAUACAUCACCAGAAAAGCCCGUGGGAGAGGAUGUUCAGAAACGCUUACGAAUGGUGUUUGCACGAGGAGUCCCAUGGGGUUUACUAUUAGCUUUUGCUUGGAAUUAUUUUUGCUAUAUUAUCCCUACAUUUAAUUUGUUAAGUUUAAGCAUUUAUCUUUAUACUUUUACUGUUAAUAGAUUGUUUAUAUUUUCA